AUGAGCUUCGCCAACGUUAUCUUGCUUUCUCUUGACCCAGAUACAAUGAUAACCAGCGUAUCGUCCUCUGCUGACAAGGUCUUGGACUUGAACUCGAACUCAAUUCAGAAAGAGGCUUGCAUCGGACGCUGCAUUCGUCUUUUUUUAAUUGGAUGUGCUAUCAUCAAGCAACUAGGUCAUUUUCAUUACGAAUGGACGAGCUUGCCCGUUUCGAUUGUUGCUACAACUCCGCAAAACCUCCUUCCAGAGCUCCCCGGUAGCAGAUACUUCCUACAGCGACCAGCGAAGCCAUCAACUGAAGCCGAACCUCAAGAGUUUACUAAAAAGCAAGGAAGCGAACAGAGGCGGAUCCAUUUCGACCGUUCUCGGGAGUCUCACAAUAUCUCAAAUCCGAUUGCACUGCUCGUAUCAGAUUUUGGGAAAUUCCAGACGAAUAUCAAAAAAAUUGAACCUUCUCUUCGCGCUAUACUAUAUGCUCAGAAGAUGGUGGGUAAAUUCUUCGACGACGAGGCGGGUCGAGAGCAAGAACUCUUCGCGAUCCUUGGGUAG